ACGGCGAAAAAGAAGGAAAGAAGUAACGAAAUUCAACGGCCGACCAUAGUGAAACGCAUCGUCGUGGUUGCGUUAAUUUUUUCUCAUAGUUUUCUUCACAUUUUAACCUUGCAAUUUUAGUCUAAAUAGAGAUCGCUUGGUGGAUUCUAAUUGUGAUAACGCGUUAACCAUAUUUUGUGUGUAUUCCAGCACGUCAAUCGUGCAAAAAAUUAAUAUAUUGUGGAGUAUUACGUGUAGAUUACUAUUUUUCGGUGUAGUAAAAAAUAACUCUCAAACGGCGGCAAAAUAAGUUUCCAAUUCAGAAUCGAUAACAUUGUUGAAAUGUCGAAAGCCAAAAAAUUAUCAUUGCCUAGCAAUGAUUCAACAGAAUUUUUCAAUUACAAGCCGAAGGACUUGAUUUGGGCAAAAAUGAAAGGCUUCACUCCGUGGCCAGCAAUGAUUGUUGAACCGUCCAUUGAUCUUCUAAAUCAGCCGCGCAAAGCUAAUACAAAAAGUGUAUUUUUCUUUGGAACACGAAACUUCGCUUGGAUCGAAACCAACAAUAUCAAACCGUUCGAAGGUCCAUGGAAACCCGAAUUGGCAAAGGUUAAUAAACCGAACUCGUUCCGUCAUGCGAUGGCUGAUAUAAAUGCCUACAUUGAAGAUCCCACAGAAGUCGAUGCGGAGGUUAGCAAAAACACGAUCAGUAAUCAUUCCACCGAAGCGGACUUCGAUAAGAUACGGGACGGUCUAACUGAUGAUGACACAACAAACGACAUGCGCGGCGCCGAUGAUGCGGACAACGGUGUAGAAACCAUAACCGGUGAUGUUGCGGUCGAUUUAGAGGAAGUACCACCACCAUAUAAGACACCUGUCAAGCGCACACCAAAAGCCAAAUCAAGCGCUGUGGUUGCAGUCAAAGCAAAAUCAUCGGCUGGUGGGGUAGCCACAAAGUCAUCCACAAAGCGUCGCCGCUCCUCACAGACGGCAAAUAGUAGCGCCAAACGUAAACGCAAUUCUUCUGUCGGUGCAUUAGAGGAUCUAAAUGAUUACAUAAACCGAAAGUCGACGACAACUCCACCGUCGCGUCGCAAAAUAAAUACCGAUGCUUUAGCGCACAUUGGUAGCACAUCGCGACGAAAUAUCAACUCGAUUGCUCUGCUCGAUCGGCCGGUGGUUUCGCGUCCCGAAGCGCAAGCAAUCGAUAUGAAUGCGCGCUCUCAAACGCUAGCCGAACGCGACAUAACACCAUCUCAACUGACAUUCGGCUUCCUCGGUCUGGGUAUUAUGGGCUCGACCAUCGUCAAAGAUCUGCUAUGUACCGGUCAUAAAGUGGUCGUAUGGAAUCGCACAAUGUCGAAGUGUACUCCAUUUGCCGAAGCUGGAGCCGAUGUCAAAGGUACACCCAUGGACGUUGUUGAAGUCUCAGACGUGAUCUUCUGUUGUGUCUCGGAUCCUAAAGCAUCAAAGGAUCUUGUAUUUGGCAACUGUGGCGUAUUGGGCGUGAAGGACAUGAAUGGCAAGGCAUACGUCGAAAUGUCCACAAUAGAUCCCGAAACCUCGCAGGAUAUAGCUGAGGGCAUACAAUCUGCAGGCGGGCGCUAUUUGGAAGUGCAAAUCCACGGCACCCGACAGGAGGCGGAAGAUGGUAUGCUUAUCAUACUUGCCGGUGGUGACCGUUCAGUGUUUGAAGAUUGUCAUUCCUGCUUCAAAACCAUUGCUAAAAACACAUUCUUUUUGGGCGCAGAAGUUGGGAAUGCUUGCAAAGUAAAUUUAAUACUGCAAACGAUAGUGGGAGUGAGUUUGGUUGGACUAGCUGAGGCCUUAGCAUUGGCCGACCGUUUUUCAAUUUCAUUAAAAGACAUUAUUGACAUAUUUGAAUUGACAUCAAUGAAAUCUCAAUUACUAUUAGCUAAAGGCAAAGAAAUGGCGAAGGGAGACUUCAACCCCCAACAGCCGCUGAGUCAUAUGCAAAAGGAUCUGCGCCUUGUGCUAAGCAUGGCGGAAAAUUUGGACCAAUCGAUGCCUGUGACCGCAAUCACAAAUGAGGUCUUUAAGCACACAAAACGGCUUGGUUACAGCGAACACGAUUCAAGUGCCGUAUUUGUAAGAUCCAGAUUUUAACAUUUAGUUAAUACAGCAACAUUUUAAAUGAUUAUCUAAAAUUCGCAAUAAGAGUUUGACACCCACACACAUUCAAUAAACCAAAACGACAACAUGGGUGACGUAUCAAGUGCAUUAAUGCAGGGCGCUAAAUCCCUUCAUUUCUUAACCAUAGCAGACAAAAAAUCCACUUUGCGCAACUAAGUUGUAUUUAAGAUGCAUGCCAUCGUGGUUGCGCAUUGCGGAGGCUAUCUGCUGCUAUGGUUUGAAAAUAUUGGGGCUGAUGCUCUGCGUUUAUGCAUUUCCGAACAAUCCCUACUAUACCAAUUUCCAAUAACCACGACCAAGGCAAACAGCAAUAUUUUCAAAAUAAGAGACAAAAGGGAAUUAAGUUAUAUGAUUUAUGCGCCACCUAAAAAAAUUAUGCAAACACUUAUUGCAAUAAAACCAAGUAAGCAGCAAACGAUAUUGGUAUCGGGGUCAGCACAGGCAUAAAGCAGUCAAAAUAGAUCAUACAUACAAAAGUAACAACAGGAGUACUGACUACUGACUGAUGACUGAUGAAAGUGAGAGCGACGAAAGUGCAUUGAAAAUAUAUAAACUUACACUAAUGAGUAGUAGACGAAAUCGGAGGAGGAAAUGAAAUGCACGUGUUUAACAUUUAUAUAAUUAUAUAUAUUAAAUGAUAAGGUUUAACAAUAUAAAGAAAUGAGAAAAUAAUAACAAUUAAAAAGUGUAAUGGAGAGCACAGUGAGGUGGAAAAUGUAACAAAUGUGUAAAUGUGCGCAUACAUAAAUGGAAAAAAAUUAUAUCGCAUGGCGCAUUUUUCAAAUCAUUUA